AUGAAACAGUAUUCUACUUGCUGGAAUAAAGGUGGCAGAGCCAGACUUCUCAAGGUCAUAGAAUCAAACGUGAAAGAGCUACAACGGAAAUCUGAAAUUAUUGUUCAAACGUUUGAGCAAGAACGUACAUGCCCCAAUGUGAAAGGUGGCUUCAAUUGUGGAGUUCUUGAGCAGAAAGUCAUUCAAUGCGGCACAUGCAAAGAGCAGACUCUGGCGUGUGUCGGGGGCUCCAAUGAGAACAAAUGUGACGAAAUUGUGUCAAACUGCGUGAUGUGUGUGUGUUAUGGAAAAGUAUGUCAACACAGAACAACUAAGAAACCAUGCCAUGCUUGCACGGAAUACAACAAGUGCCUCAAUGAGGUGCUGCAUUGUAAAGAUCAGGAUAUCCAAGUUGCUGAAGGUGAAGAUGUAAAGUUUGACUGCAACGUGAAGUUUCUGAACAGCAUUGGUGGAAAACUUGAAUUUGUUUUAGAAAAGAAAGAUGAAGUGGGCGUCUUACCCUUGAAGACCUCCAACAAACCAGACAUUCUUAUAGAAAAAGCUGGCAAGGAGCUUUCAGGUCGUUACACCUGUACAGCAAAGACCAAAGAUUCAAUGUUUCCAAUAAGCAGAGUGGAUUUUACAGUAAAAGUUGUGAGCCCACCAAAACCCCUAUCUCUGGACUCAUCAGUUCCACUUCCUGCUGAAGAUAUGAAAGAUACAUUUAAAGAUAACCAGUUGGCCCAAAUCACAGUGAUAUGUGCUACUGUUAUCUCAUUGGCGAUCACUGCAUCAAUAAUGAUUUGCAUAUGUUUGUUAAUAAGAGAAAGCAACAGAGAAGAAAAGGCUUCUGUCCAGAAGGAACCAACGGAACUGGAAGAAGUGAAGAUCUCUAUGGAUAUUGAGAAGAGCAAGCCGGACACUAGACAAGAGGCAACACAAACAGAUGGCUGAGGGCAACAGAUAUUCCGUUCCCCUAUGGCUGUAACCCAAGGUCAUUCUGCCCUGAAUACUUACACAGCGCUCCCUCUUUAUACCUCCUUAUUAACAGCUACUGUUAUAGAG